GCGGAGGGCGGAAGUGCAGCCACGUGGGGGCGGGUGAGUCUGCGGCUGAAGCAUGGCGAAAGCCCGGCUUGGGCGCCCCGGAACCCGGGGGCCUUCGGGGUCUGUCUCCCGGGACCCGCGGAGGCAGCAGGGGCAGCAGAAACAAGGGAAGCGACCUCCGACGCCGCAGCCGGGACAGGCGAGAAAAGAGAAGAAGAAGAAAGUAAACUCUAAGCCCAAGAACUUGGAUGAUCAAGAGAUUCCUUUCCGACUUCGGGAAAUUAUGAAGAGUCGCCAGGAGAUGAAAAACCGUAUCAGCAAAAAGAAAAGAAAAGCAGUCCAAGUGGCGUUCAGGGAGAAGUUUGAGAAGGAAGCAAUGGGGUCUCUGUCAGACAUCCCAGUUCCCAAGUUCAAGCAGGGAAAAAAGGAGUCAGAGGAAGCCUAUGUCCACCGCAUGGAACAAGAGGCCCAGCACGUGAUCUUCCUCACCGAGAACCAGGUGGAACGGGCGCCCGAGAAGGAAGAAGCUUCUCAGCAAAAGAAAGAGAAGUCUCAGCGGAAGAAAGAGUUCCAGAGACGGCGUUUGGAUAAAGUUCGACAUCAGAAAGAGGAAAAGGCGCUAGCCGGCCUAGAAAAAGAACUAUUUCAAGAUUCUGUGAAAUUUGGUGAGGUUGUCCUUCAGCCGCCAGAAUUAACAGCAAGACCGAGGAAGAGCACAAACAGUGACAAGCUCGGCAAGAAGUCGCUGUUGCUGACGAGCCUCCUGACCCCCAGCAAUGCCUCCCAACCCCCAGCUGUCUCACUGGCACGACAGCGGAUUGUGGCGGAGGAGAGAGAGCGUGUGGUGCAGGCCUAUCGGGAGCUCAAGAAACACAAGCAGCGACAGCUGGAGCAAAGACAGCUCUUUAGCUGACCUGAAGGGAAGCCAAAGAAACCCGUGUGAAGAAGAGCCCCAGGGAUUUCUGGGACUUGAUGCUGGCGUCCAGGAAUAACAGGGACCACUCUUCCUGGUAGGGGCAGAACUUAAGCCUGCUGGGCCUCCCCUUCCCCCUAGAAACUACAUCUCAGGAGCUAGAAAAUAACUUCUGCGUGGAAUAAAGUGACUGAACGACAACUCAGCGGUAGCAGUCGGAAUCAGCCUGCCGAACCUGAACCUUUUCUGCAGCCAAAAACCCGAGUGGUCCCUGGCUCCAUUCCCACAGUUUGUGCUGUGGCUUUGCUUGCCUGAUGGGCGCUGUGGCCCAGAGACAGCUUCAUGUGCAUUCGCCUGCCAGGAUGUUUCCUAGGGAUAGCAGGAACCUAACCCUGAAACACUGAUCAGACGGGGUAAAGGUUGUUCUUGUAUUUUUGUAUCACAUUGAUACUGGACCGGCGGAAGGUAAAACUCCAAGUGGCUGCCAGGUUUGGGGUAUGACUGGCGUUCAAUUCCAUUGUCAUUUGUAUCUAGAACCCUGAAGAGUGAAACUUGGCAGCGUUGUGUCUGACUUGGCUUUUAUUUUUUUCCUGGUACUGGAAACAGCAUGCAUGUGGAUGACAGAGGCCUAGGAGAGCAAGGGCUGGAGAAGGACCACAUCCUAUCCAUUCUCUUACCACAUGUGUACUAGCUGUGUGACCCUGGGCAAGUCACUUAACCCCAUUUGCCUCGGUUUCCUCAUCUGUAAAAUGAGCUGGAGAAGGAAAUGGCAAACCACUCCAGUAUCUUUGCCAAGAAAAUCCCAAAUGGGGUCACAUAGAGCUGGAAACAACCGAACCACAGUGUAUAGCACUAGCUGUUAGAGCUGAAAUCCUGUCACAAGCCCAGAAUUCUGGCCUCAGGCGAGUUACUGUCUAGGUUGUUUAUUCUUCUGAAUUCUUGCAGCAUGCUUAACCUGCCGGAAGUUAGGGAUAGCAGGGUUCUAGCGCUAGAAGGGAUCUUAGUGGUCAGCUACUGUGAGGUCAGCUUCCUCAUUUUACUGGUGAGGAAAUUGAGGCCCAGAAAUGUUCAGACUUCAUCAAGGUCCUACAAGAAGCAGUACCAAGAUUCAACACAAGGGGCCGCUGCCCCCUGCGCUUUGUCCCUGUCUGUUUUUGGGACCGUGGCCAAAAAGAGGCAGAAGUUAAUGGCUGUUAAUUCUGGUCCACACAUUGACCAACACAGUUCCAGAGGAUUCUCGAUGAAACAGGCUGCCCACCUCCUGACAGAGACGUGAUGAACUCAGAGUACAGACUGAGAUACCUUUUUCAGCACGGCCAAUGAUGCAGUUUGUUUUGGACCAUACAUGUUUGUAACCAGGGUUUUGUUUUUCUUGCUUUUCAGUUGUGUGUGCUUAGGGGGGUGGGGGAGUGUGAAGGGAGAAAAGGCAGAUCUUCAUUUGAGAAUAAAGUAACAUUUAAUGUUAAAA